UAAAACACAUUUUAAAACAUUUAAAACUUCAUGUUUUAAAUAUAGUCUCUUCUGUGUGCUGCCUCUGUGGUUGAAAGUGAUACUUUUCGGCCGUUUGCUUUGCAACUUUGGCCUUAAAACUCGCUGCAAUGCAAACUUUGGAAGAAAUCGGGAGCGGCAGCAGUUUAGUUCUAGCUUUGUAUGGGUUCAUUACUGUGGCGUUUGGGGCAGCAGUCGUCAUUCAUUUUAAGAAAUCUAAAGCGACUUUGAAUUUAAACCUCUGCACUUGUAUGCACUUGCUGCUGUUAUUUUUCGGCUUGUUCCUGUCUUACAGUUAUCUACCACAAUACACUGGGGUCGUAUUUUUCGGUCUGUGCUGUUACACAGUUUUUCGAACCAUCCGUUCUAAUGCAAUUCUUUCUCCACAAGGGAAGGCUGUUCUUAUUACAGGUUGUGACUUGGGCUUCGGUCACACUUUGGCCAAGCGCCUGCAUUCUCUUGGCUUCCACGUGUUUGCCACGGUGCUUCAUGAAGAUGGAGAUGGAGCAAGAGUUCUCAAGUCUUUUGGUUCUGAUCGACUCAUGGUAAUUCAAAUGGAUGUUACAAACUGGGCAAUGGUACAAGAAGUUGAGAAAAAAAUUGGAAAGCAGUUGGAAAACAAAGGACUCUAUGCUUUAGUUAAUAAUGCUGGCAUCAUAUCCUGUGUUGGUGAUGCAGAGAUCAUCCCAACAAAUGCUUUUAAGCAAUGCAUGGAAGUCAAUUUCCUGGGAGUAGUUGAAGUUACAAAAACAUUUUUACCUUUGAUUCGUCGAGCAAAGGGGAGGAUAAUUAAUCUUUCUAGUCCAUCAGGGGAACUGCCAUUUGGAAGAUUGUCACCAUACAGUACAUCCAAAGCAGCACUGGAGCUUUUUGCGGAUAUUCUGCGUCAAGAAAUGAAACCUUGGGAAGUACAAAUAUCGAUCAUCCAACCAGGUGCCACUAAAACAGGACAAGUUGGGAAUGCUGAAGUCUGGGAGCAAGAUUAUGGAAAACUUGUGGAGAACCUCUCUCCAGCUCUUCUGCGUGAUUACGGAGAAGAAUAUUUUGCUGAAUUAAAGCAAGCCAUUCUCACAAUUGGUCCUUUAUUCCGACAGCAUGUAGAUCCAGUGAUUGAAACAAUUGUUACUGCUUUGUUAGUACAACAUCCUAAGCCUAGAUACACCACUGAGUAUAUUGUUGAUGUGCUAAAAAUUCUUUACUAUUUCCUGCCUUCCUUCAUGAGUGAUGUUAUUCUUAAUGAGGUUUUUAUUGCACACAAACUUCUACCAAAAGGUGUAAGGUCAAGCAAUAUCAGCCAGUAGAACUCUAAUUUUGGAAACCUGGUUAUUGUUUUGGUUUCAUGUGGCUAAUUAAUUUUCUCUUCUUUUACAUGCAAUAUAAGUGUUCAAGUCUAUUGUUGGCAUUGGAAUACAUACUGUUGGAUUAGGGUCCAGAUUGUUGUUUUUAUCGUGUUUUUCCUUGUAGUUUUAGCUUUCUUCAUGCCUGCUUAUAUGUACUGUAUGCAUAAUCACCCAUUUGUCUGUAAGCAUUUAGUAACCUGUAUUACAUUUGGUUCUAUACUUCUGUAGUUUCUUUGUCUGCAAAGCUGAAGUGUGAUUCGGUCAGUACCUGGUAAGCAGGUUUCUUAUUGAAACCUGUCCAGACUGGUUUGCAGUAUGAAAGGAAGGUGUUUGCUCCUGUUCCUUUGUUACUUCUCGUUACUGUUACCUUGCUGGCUGCUACAGGCUGACCCUGUCUAACCUGUCCUCUGAUGAACACCUAAUAAAACAGCU